GUUUAGUGCGCUUUUCCGGCUCGAUUCCACUUCCUCUUCCGGUUAUCCGGUGUCCUUGUCCUUUUAUAGGAGUCGCACAGGGGAGAGUGAGUCAGAAGCGGCAUCAUGUUCCGUCACCUCCAGGCCCUCCGUCAGAUUUCUCAGCGGACCAUCAGCAGCUCCUCCAGGAGGUCACUCCAGAACAAAGUAGCGGAAAAGCAGAAGCUAUUUCAGGAGGAUAAUGGCAUUCCAGUUCAUCUAAAGGCAGGGACUGGGGAUGUUCUGUUGUACAGGCUGACCAUGGGCAUUACAAUCUUCGGAACUGGUUACGCUUUGUUUGAGAUUGUGAAGGCGUCCUUUCCCAAAAAGAAUUAAUUCCAGCUUCUAUAAUUUCCAAAUCUGUCCAGUUCUAUGUGAUUCUUCAGGGAUUCUUCUGUCCUUGUCAUAAAGACCUCAUUAAGUGAUGGGAACAAUAUUUAUUAAAAUGUACUGUACAAGCUGCUAUUAAUAAAGCAGUUUUACAUUACUA